GUUGUUUGGACCAGGUGUCCAAACGUCGGCGAGAUGAUUCAUAAUCAUCGCCGCUAUGCGGCAGAUGGCGUCACCAGGUGCACUUGCGCCGGUAAACCCUUCCCGAAGGUGGAAGGGCACGUACAUUUUCGGCUUAGUCAGUGGAGUCGGUGCCCCGCACUGGCCAAGAACGCGAAGAACGUACCUGGGGAAGACAAACGGAACGUCAGCGAGAGACUGAAGAAUGAAAUAGCGACAGCUUUGAACGGAGUGGAUUGGCUUGGCGAACAGCUUGGAGCGGUGGGGGUGCGUGAGGAGGAGGUGGCUGCCUGUAUCGAGGGAUCGAGAUCAGUGGAUGACACUGGGAGGAAGCAGAUCUUGAGACUAAAACAGGAGCUGACCGGUCUUGUCCUAUGCCCUUUAGAUCGCAACCCUGGGGAGACGCUGGUGCUGUGCCCAAGCCUGUACGCUAAGGGGAUGCGGACCGCGUUUAUCAGUAAUGAAGGGUACGAGGGAUGCGAAAAAUCGGAGGUGGAGGUGUUGGAGGAAUCGAAAGAUGCGUAUGUGUCGGCAGGUUUCCAGAAGUUGGGCAAAUGGAAGAAGGAUGGGAGACUGGGUCGAGCUUAUGCACUUCCGAAGCACAAGGAUACGGAGAAGUUCAGACCCAUCUGCCCAACCUUCUGUGAACCAAGCACAAACGCAUGCAAGAUGAUGGCUAGGUGCUUGAACGCGAUGCUGUUCGGGCUGCCUGGAAACGAACACUUGAACUUGAAGGCGGUGUCGGAUAUGAAAGGAAGACUGAUGAAGAUCAAUAAAAAGAUGGAGAACGUGUGCCAGAGCACGCAGGUCAUGGUUGCCUCGUACGAUAUUAAGGACAUGUUUAGCAAGCUUCCGCAUGCUACUAUCGUACGGGCAGUCGAUUGGUGUAUCUGGUGGUACAAGGAGAGAGGCUUGACGGGUGUGCAUGUCAAAGUGAGGGGAAAGGGAGCUAGGAUGAGUAAGAGUGAUGUUGUGGACAGGCAUCGGUUUGUAGAUUUCAAUUGUCUUAUGAGGUAUGUUCAGUUCGAUCUGGAGAACUGCUAUACAGUAGCGAGUGCAGUGGUGCUCAGGCAGAUCGUUGGAAUCCCGAUGGGUAAGCCUUCGAGCCCUCCACUCGCCUGUCUGAUGUGUGCCAAGAGUGAGUGGGACUUCCUUUCUUCACUGGGAAGUCAGAGGAGAUACGUGGCCGGUCUCCGUUUUGUCGAUGACGUAUCAUGUUUUGUAGCCUUCAGCACCAAGAGACAGAAGAGCAGAGAACAGGCCGAGCAAAUCCUGAAGCGAUUUGAGAGGAGCUACGAUCCCGCGCUGACCCUGAAGCGCACAGAGAUUGAGGAUGGGAAGUGAGAAUUCCUGGGAUGUAGUAUGACUGUCUCGGAGUCAUACCCUUUCCUGGGCUGCUGCCAGAAUGUCAAGAAUGAAGGUGAACUGAGAAG